GGCAAGAGAAACAUGUGGCGCGGAGCGGAGGAGGCCACCCCGUCCGGGUCCCCGUCACCCCCUCCCGCCCCCACUGCGACCCCUGCUCCGGCCCUGGGCCUGGCCGACGGUCGCGCUCCAGAACUUGUUGAUGGUCUCCAGGAAGAUUAUUAUAAUCUAUGUAUGGAAAAGUCCCAGAAAAUUAAUCCUUUUAUAUUGCAUAUACUCCAAGAAGUGGAUGAAGAAAUUAAAAAGGGAUUGGAAGGAAUCACAUUAAACAUUGCUGGUAACAGUCGCUUAAUGCCAGUAGAAAGAGUAACAGGUGAAGAUUUUUGGAUUCUUGCCAGAAUUUUAAAGAAGACGCCAUACAUUAGUGGUUUGGAUGUUAGAUAUAACUGCAUAACUGACGUUGGCGCAUACUAUGCUGCAAAACUGCUUCAGAAACAACAUAAUCUCAUUUACUUAAACCUUAUGUUCAAUGAUAUUGGUCCUGAAGGUGGAGAAUUGAUUGCUAAAGCACUACAUAAGAAUAAAAUUCUGAAAUACCUACGAAUGACUGGAAACAAGAUUGAAAAUAAAGGUGGCAUGUUGUUUGCUGCAAUGCUACAAAUUAAUUCAUCCUUAGAGAAAUUAGAUCUGGGUGACUGUGAUCUGGGAAUGCAGAGUGUGAUAGCAUUUGCUACAGUCCUAACUCAGAACCAAACAAUUAAGGGAAUAAACCUAAACCGACCUAUACUAUAUGGUGAACAGGAAGAGUCCACAGUUCACAUAGGCCGCAUGUUGAAGGAAAAUCACUGCCUUGUUGAACUACACAUGUGUAAGCAUCAUAUAAAAAAUUGUGGUAUUAAACAGUUAUGUGAUGCACUGUAUCUGAACAGGAGCCUACGCUACCUUGAUGUCAGCUGCAAUAAAAUAACUCGUGAUGGAAUGGUGUAUUUGGCUGAUGUACUGAAAAGCAAUACUACCCUGCAAGUAAUAGAUCUUUCUUUUAACAGAAUAGAAGAUGCAGGAGCAAACUAUCUCAGUGAAACUCUUGCUUCACACAACAGGAGUCUUAAAGCGCUGUCAGUGGUCAGCAACAACAUAGAGGGAGGAGGACUUGUUGCACUUUCACAAUCAAUGAAAACAAAUCCCACUCUCUCUAACAUCUACAUUUGGGGAAACAAAUUUGAUGAGGCUACGUGUGUGGCAUAUUCUGACUUAAUUCAAAUAGGCCGUCUAAAACCAGACAAUACAGAUGUGGAGCCAUUUGUUGUGGAUGGACGUCUGUAUCUUGCAGAAGUCUCCAAUGGCCUUAAAAAGCAUUAUUACUGGAGACCAACUGAUAGAGAAGCUUGCAGCCACUCAUCUAAUGCAGGUUUUACUCUUGUACCAGUCGGUCAACAUAUAUGAAAAACAAGCUCUAAAAUAAUUUUCACAUAUUUAUCUUAUUACUUUCACAGAGAUUAAUAUUUUAUUGCCUGUUAAAUUUUUCUUUCAUAAAUUAGAACAAGUUACUUUUGUCAGAUGUGUUAAAAACUGA